AUGUCUCGGAAAGGAGCUGAAGUUCCUUCUGUACCUCAAAUGCAGGGAACUCCGCGGACUAAACAACGUCCGCCUCCGCCACCCUUCUACCUCCCUUUGAAUAUUACGCUCUGGGUGUGUGUCGUGUCAAACGGUAUCGCGGCUUUCCUUGCUCCGAUACAAGACUGCGAUGAGGUCUUCAAUUUUUGGGAGCCAACACACUACCUGGAUCACGGGUAUGGGCUCCAAACAUGGGAAUACUCGCCGGUGUAUUCAAUCCGAAGCUGGCUGUACAUCUCUAUCCAUGGGAUCGCUGGAAGAAUUGGCUCUUUCUUGGUUGGCACGAAAUCCUCGGAGUUUUACUUUGUUCGGUUUUUCCUCGCCAUGCUAUGCGCAGCCUGCCAAACCAGACUGUAUUCUGCUAUUUGCCGAACGUUGAGCCCAAGAAUCGGGCUGCUGUUCCUCAUGAUUGUCGCAUUUAGCCCGGGAAUGUUCCAUGCCUCAGCAGCAUUUCUUCCGUCAAGUUUUACAAUGUAUGCGUCUAUGCUAGGCCUCGCGGCCUUUUUAGACUGGAGAAGGAACCAGCAAACGGCGCAGGGGAUCAUGUGGUUUGGUCUCGGGGCGAUCGUGGGAUGGCCUUUCGCCGGUGCUCUAAUGCUCCCUCUUCUCUUUGAAGAGGUCGUAAUAGGAUUCAUUUCAGGGAACUUGCGAAAAGUAUUUUUCGAAGUUGUGAACGGGGCUCUCAGGUGCUUAGCAAUAUUGGUCGCCGAAAUCGCUGUUGACUAUACCUUCCUUCGCAAACUUACCGUUGUGCCGUGGAACAUCGUCGCAUAUAACGUAUUCGGGGGUGAAGGUAGAGGGCCUGAUAUCUUUGGCACAGAACCUUGGACGUUCUACAUCAGGAACCUGCUCCUAAACUUCAACGUGUGGUUCCUGUUUGCGAUAUCAUCGGCUCCACUGCUACUCCUUCAAGCCGCACUUCGUUCCCAGACGACGAACAAGGAGACCCUCUUUAGGACUGUAACCCUUCUAUCUCCUUUCUAUAUGUGGUUUGCGAUAUUCACACUGCAGCCUCACAAGGAGGAAAGAUUCAUGUACCCGGCGUAUCCGUUUCUUGCUCUCAAUGCAGCAAUUGCCUUCCAUAUGAUACUUUCAUAUAUUGGCUCAAGCAACCCGAAAGAGCUGAUCGGACGAGUCCCCGCGAAGUUAAAGCUCGCAGUGGUGAUGUCUGUAAUCUUGGUUGCUAUAAAUGGUGGGCUUCUCAGAACUUUCGGUAUGAUCACCGCAUACAAUGCUCCGUUGAAAGUUUUGCGGCCGCUGGAACAGCCAGAGAUAGCCCAGCCGGGUGACUUGGUUUGCUUUGGUAAAGAGUGGUAUCGCUUCCCUUCAUCUUUCUUCCUCCCAGAUGGGAUGCGAGCCAAAUUCAUUCGAAGCGAAUUUCGUGGCUUGCUUCCUGGUGAGUUCCAAGACGCUCGGGACUAUUCUGCUUUGCUUGAUGGUACGUCACGGACACCGGAGGGUAUGAACGACCGCAACGAGGAAGACGCAGGAAAAUAUACCGACGUUUCCCAGUGCUCUUUCCUGGUAGACUCACAUUUCCCCGGUCGCCAAGCCACAGGACUUGAGCCCAACUAUAUACAGGACGAGGCGCGGUGGGAGGAAAUUUCCUGCAGAAGUUUUCUUGACGCCUCUGAGACGGGUCUCCUUGGUCGUCUUAUCUGGAUCCCUGAUCUACCGAUCAUUCCAGAUCGAUUCCGCAGAAAAUGGGGGCAAUACUGCCUACUCCGACAGCGCACCACGCAUCCUGAGACUGAGUAA